GCAGGGUAAUCGAGCCUGUGCUCUAGUUUCUCUUCUCACACAGAUGCUGCCGCUGGGUCAGUGUCAUGCCGUCUUUUAAUAAUAACAGAGUCAAAACAGCGACAGCGAGGAGAAGCUGGGGAAACACUCACAUCAGCAUUUCUGCUUUUUGAGACGAGCCAACGUGGACAAUGUGACAUAACCCAGCUGCAACUUCCGAUACAAAAAGAUUAAACGCCCUUUAUCCACCUUUUUAUUCGUCUUUCACGACCUCUUCAGGGCUGCUAUUGUCUCGCUCACCUUUGACACAGCUGGCGGGCAGUCACCGGCUCUACUUGUGCGCUUCAUUGCGGUCAUCCAUCUGCGAGGAGGCCUGCGGUUUGUUGGUAAACACGAAUCGGAUCCCGACGGCAAGGACUCCAUCUGGUGCAUUGAUGCACCCGUUUCAGUGGUGUAACGGGUGCUUCUGUGGUCUCGGACUCGUUUACUCCAACAAGUCGUGCACCAUGCCGCCCAUCACCUUCCAGGAUCUACCUCUCAACAUCUACAUGGUGAUCUUCGGGACAGGCAUCUUUGUCUUCAUCCUGAGCCUCAUCUUCUGCUGUUAUUUCAUUAGCAAACUACGACACCAAGCACAGAGUGAGCGGUUUGGAUACAGAGAGGUAGUUUUAAAAGGAGAUCCAAAAAAGUUGAGUCUUCAUGGGCAGACGUGUGCUGUGUGUCUGGAGGACUUCAAAGUGAAAGACGAGCUGGGAGUGUUGCCAUGCCAACAUGCUUUCCACAGGAAGUGUUUGGUAAAGUGGCUGGAGGUGCGCUGCGUCUGCCCCAUGUGCAACAAACCCAUAGCCGGCCCGCCCGAGCAGCACCACAGUAUAGGAACUCUGCUGGAUGAACUGGUAUAACCUCUCAGCCUCAACCAGCCUGGUUGGGACGCCGACGCCUGGCCAAACUAGCUGGUGUGAGUUACAGACCAUCAGGAAGAGGGAGACCGCUUUGCUGUUUAAACACGGCAAAGCACAAAAAUGAACUGAAGGAUGCUGUUGCCUAGCAACAAUCUCCAUGAUAGCAACACAACACCUUGUGGUUGAGAUUAUCUUCAGCCGCCCACACAUCACUCCAGCCCUCUCCUUUCACGAUCCCGUUCUACAUGCCUUUUCUCCACGUCCCUCACAUCCUCUCUUGUUGGUUCGACUGAGGUUAACAACAGCACUGAACGGAGGGCAGUUUUUUCUCACUGAAGUGGACAAAUGAGUGUUGAUGAACAGCGGUGCUCGCAAGAAGAUGCCGAUCCCCCCUGAGUGUGUAUCAAUGCUGCCUGUCAUGUGCUACCUGGGGUUAAAUAUUAUCCAUAUUGGCUGAGUUAUUUAAAACUCAAAUGGGAAAAAUGAUUCCAUUACGUGGCACUCCAUGAAUUUUUUUCAGUUGACAAGUUUUGAGACAAAAUUAUAGUUUGUGUUUGACAUUCCCAGCAGUAGCUCAAGGUCAGUUUUUAAGAUGCAGUAGAAAAGAAGAACAAACUGCAGCCGAGG